UCUCUGGCCAGCGGGAGAUGGAGGCUCUGGCUGGAGGAAGUGUGGCUCCGUCUCUUCCUUGCGCGCCCGGGACGCCGGAGGAAUUGUCGGGGCAGCGGAGCUCCCCGAGAGCAAAGCCGAAACUCGUCAGCUUGGAGGAAAUUAUUGCAGCCAAACCAAAGAAAACACCCAUUCAGCUCUUGCUUGAAUACGGCACAAAAGCUCACCUUAAUCCUGAAUAUGAAUUUGAAAAAGCCGAGGGAGAAGUACAUAUGCCAGUCUUCACCUAUAAGGUCACCAUAGGUGACAUCGUUGCAACAGGAGAGGGUCCCAGCAAAAAGAUUGCAAAACACAGAGCUGCGGAAACUGCACUGAAUAUUUUGAAAAGCAAUUCAGAUAUCUGUAUUUCUAUGCCAGACCAUUUAAUCCCUGAACCUCUCAAUCAAGCACAGAAUCAGACCAAUCCGAUUGGAUCAUUGCAAGAGCUGACUAUGAGGAAGGGUUGGAGAUUACCCGAAUAUUCGCUGGCCCAGGAGACAGGGCCACCUCAUAAGAGAGAGUUUACAAUGACUUGCAGAAUAGAAACAUUUGUAGAAACAGGUAUGGGAACAUCAAAAAAAUUAGCAAAGCGAAAUGCUGCUGAGAAAUUACUUGAAAAAUUCCAGAGUUUUUCUCAGGAUAAUAUCGCAAUUUCUUUAGGAAAUGAACAAAAUCAUAAUUUGGGAUGCACGUGGGAUAUGUUAAGGAACUCUUCUGGUGAAAAAAUUACUAUGUUGAAGAUCAGUUCCCUCAGUAUUCCUAAUACAGAUUAUAUUCAAUACCUUGGAGAAAUUGCAGAAGAACAAGGUUUUAAUAUAAAAUACUUGAACAUAGAGGAGUUGAGUGUGAACGGACAAUUCCAGAGCCUUGUAGAACUUUCAACCAAUCCAAUCAUAGUUUGCCAUGGGACUGGAAUCUCCUGGAGCAACGCCCACAAUGAUUCGGCUCACGGUGCUCUACAGUAUUUAAAAAUCUUGGCUGGGAGGAAAUAAACUUGAAACAGGAGAAAGAACGAAUGUGGGUAUAUUUGCAUACAUCUAUCUGUUUUAAAAUUGAACAAUUUUCAAAUUAUUGAGGCUGUUUUUUAAAGUCACACCACAACCACAACAUUCAUAACUGUAAAUUGUAAAGAAAAAGUAACUUAAAUCUAUUAUGAGGUUUUUAUUUAUUUAUUUUGGAAAGCUGGAAUCAGGAAAACCAGAACCUGCAAAGCUGUGUGCAUGGAAUGAGGCACACCGUGUUCAACUCUAUAGUGUCUGAUGAAUCAGAAUCCUCAGUACCAAAGUAGUCUUUAGUCUGUGAGCAGCUAUUCCCCAAAAGCAGCCUUGGACCUAGUGCCUCCUUUCUCCAUAUUGUUUUGUACAGGGAGGGGGAAGUCUGGCUUGAGGCAAGCCUACUGAAGAGCCCAGUGUAUGCUUGAGCUGGAGGGAAGGAGUUUGUGUCUUAAGAAUGCCACACAUUGGGGGUAGGAAGUCCAGCCUGUUCUCCCUUAUUUCUUAAUGCUAAUGUAUUGCCUUGUCAAAAUGACUAGAUAGUUCACAGUAAAACCACAAAGCAAAACACAUUACUGUUCCAUAAAAUAAUACUGAAAGUAGAUUACGAUUGAACAUCUAAUUUCAAAUAAGUUAACUAGUUUCUUAAAAAGCAGACUGACAUCCACAUCCAUAAUUAUAGCAACCCAGUAUGCAAACAGUUCAACUCCUCAAAACCUAGUGAAACAAAACAUCUUCAGGGUUCUCCUGAAGGAUAAUGAUGUGGUGAUCCUCCAGACUCCACAAGAACAGGACAGUCACCAGGAAGGCCUGCCUCUUCCCCCAUCCUUAUCUUCCAGAGCCCCGUAACAGGCAGAUGGAGCCACCAUCUGUCCCAAGGUCACUUCAGCCAGCCCACCUUUCCAUUAUGCCAAACUCAUUACCUUUUACUGUAAACCAGUCAAACUCAAACAUCCAGCAGUCCUCCAAUUUAACCCCAGAAGAUACACUUCCAUGCAAUCAUUGUGGGCGAUGGGGGGAACAGACACUGUUCUCCACCCCUUGGCCUGUACAUGAUGAACUCAUUCAAGCACCAAGUAGUCACAGGCAAGCCCUGUGUACAGUCACAAACUGUAGAAGAGUAGAGAGAGGACCUUGGAAAAAAUACGUGACCAUUAGUAAAAAGUGAGCUUAAUCCAGGAAAAUAAAGUGUGAGAAAGAGACUAA